AUUCUGUGAAGUGCCACAAGGCAUAAUUUCGCCAUUCAAUUAAUUUGUGCUACCCUGUUAUCCUUGGCUGAGCUCUCUCUCUUUCUCUCUCUCUCAUGCUACCCUCUUACCCUGGCCAACCACUUGUUUAUUGAAAUAGGACAUGGAGACUUCAUCAUUAUUGCACAUCAUCUGUAGCUGCUAACCAUCCAGUGUAGUCUGGUCCCAAAUGUGUUCGUAAUGUCUCGUCAGCUUCUAUGACCAUUGUCAUGCCAGUCAUUAACCUAAUGAGUCCUACCGCAUUACCGGCGUGUUUUGGACUUCAAACCCCUUUUAAACAUUGAUUGAGCCACAGGCGUAUGGGUUGUACCAUUGUAUUCCUCUAUAUAUACAGCAAGCCAGUGGUAGCUGCACAGCAAAUCUGAAAGGGUCGAACACUAAAGGCACAGCCUGUCACAACGCGGAAAAGCAUUUUGGGAAGUUUUCUUUGCACCAAGAGACACCACCCACUCUAGUCUCCUCACCGACUGACAGGGACUCUUGACUGACUGUCGUCGUCGUGAUUUCUGUAGCUUUGACAACAGAAUGGAAAAUGAACACACAGCAGACAGGAUGGACUCAGCGAACACAUUGAGCUCAGACGUCACAGACUCCAGUAAAAGAGCAAGUUAUUUGAUUGAGAAGUAUAAAGAUGUAGGAUUUGGUCAGCCUCGGAAAUUCUCUAAGGAGCCACAGUCUCAAGUCUGCAUGUCCUCCGUAGUGCGUAGUUUUGGAAACGUUGGCACUUUAGGCGCUGCGCCUCCUGGCUCAAGCAACAACAGUGCCAUGUUCAAAGACUGUACUGUCAGAGAUAACGCCUCACUUAUCAAUAAAGCGUUUUAUGACCGCUCUGACCCUGUGCGCUGGACAGAGGUGCGUGGUAUAGAGGGAGUGAAGGAUUCCACGUUACCGCAGCCGAUCCCAACAGUAACUCAUGAAAGUUUGCAGAGAGCGGCGACGAACAUGAUAUCGACACCCAGUUCAACCACAGCCACCGGGGUUUGUAGGAUCAUCAAAGAUGAGAAGGAGCCGUCACUAAUCAUGGAAACACCGUGUCCCGAUUUUGACCUAACGGCCAACAUCCCUACCCUCGAGACCUGUUAUGAGAGUGAGAGGAAACAACAACCGUUAGGUUUUCUGGAUGAUUCGGCAGCGUCUUUCCCCACCUCCGCGCCUGGACAACAAGUACUAUUGGACUGUUCACCGAACUUUCUAGUCGACUUGAAUCAGAACGACCAGAUGUCCACGGUUCCCCAGGUCCGUGCAGACUCACGUGGUGUUCCCUUUCCUACUCAUCCCGGUAAGGGCAUGCUGAGUUUUGAUGUAAUGAGCAGUAACGGACAGGGUCCACAGCAGCAUUUGAUGAUUUAUAAGAGUGAAAUGCCCAGAUGGUCCAUUCAGACCUCUCCUACUCAUUCCUCGUUUUGGUGCCAGUCCAGCGGGGUCUCCGAGGACCAGUACCCACACCAUGGCUACUCCUCCCCAGAUGGAAUUCACACCUCAGCCCUGCUCCAGAGGUCCCCAACCUAUUCAGGAUAUGGCGGUGUUCCACCCCAGAGACUAUGUAUGAUCUGUGGAGAUGAGGCCUCAGGGUGUCACUAUGGGGUCCUCACAUGUGGAAGCUGCAAAGUGUUCUUUAAACGAGCGGUCGAAGGACAUCAUAACUAUCUCUGUGCCGGUCGAAAUGACUGCAUCGUGGAUAAGAUACGGAGAAAGAAUUGCCCUGCGUGUCGCCUGAGGAAGUGCUACCAAGCUGGGAUGAUGCUCGGAGGGCGGAAGCUGAAGCGUUUUGGGGCCCUGAAGGCAGGUCCAGCCUUGAUGUUCCAGGGGGCCUUAUCAGCCCUGGGAGAUGGUCUGGCCCCAGCCUUGAUGUUCCAGGGGCCCUUGUCAGCCCUGGGAGAUGGUCAGACCCUGGCCUCUCUACCAUGCAUGCCUGGCCUCAACGAGCUGCAGCUCUCCCCUCAGAUCAUCAGCAUUCUGGAGAGCAUUGAGCCUGAGGUGGUGUACUCUGGCUAUGACAACUCCCAGCCUGACAUGCCACACCUCCUCCUCAACAGUCUCAACAGACUGUGCGAUAGACAGCUGUUGUGGAUCGUCCGGUGGUCCAAGUCCCUGCCAGGGUUCCGUAGCCUCCACAUCAACGACCAGAUGACACUCAUCCAAUACUCCUGGAUGAACCUAAUGGUGUUCUCUCUGGGCUGGAGAUCUUUCCAGAAUGUCACCAGUGAAUACUUAUACUUCGCUCCUGAUCUUAUCCUUAGCCAGGAUCGUAUGAGGAGAUCUCCCAUAUAUGACCUGUGUCUGGCCAUGCAGUUCAUUCCUCAGGAGUUUACCAGCCUCCAAGUCACCAAAGAGGAGUUCCUCUGUAUGAAAGCCAUCAUGAUUCUCAACACUGUUCCAUUGGAGGGUUUAAAGAGCCAGGCCCAGUUUGAGGAGAUGAGACAGAACUACAUUCGGGAGCUGACCAAGGCUAUCCAUCUGAAGGAGAGAGGCAUGGUGGCCUCCUCUCAACGCUUCUAUCAUCUCACCAAGCUCAUGGAUGCCAUGCAUGAGAUUGUGAAGAAAGUGAACCUGUACUGUCUUAGUACCUACAUCCAGGCUGACGCCAUGAAGGUUGAGUUCCCUGAAAUGAUGUCAGAGGUCAUCUCCUCCCAGCUCCCCAAGGUCCUGGCCGGCAUGGUCAAGACCCUCCUCUUCCACGCCAAGUGACCAAUCACAGGAGACAACCAAACCUGCACCGCGCAAAGCACCAUGGAAGAAUAGAAUAUACCCAAAGAGCAAGAGUUGAAUAAAUAUUUUAUAAACGUCAUCAUAUAUCAAAUCAAAUAUCGAGAAAAUGUUAUGUUGAUUUGAAAAUAGGUCUUUGUCCGGUGGGUGUAUCAUAUCUUUGAAACUAAGAAAAUGUAAGUUAAACGUGAAGGUUUUGGAGAGGUGAUAUUUGGACCAAGUUAAACGUGAAGGUUUUAGGGAGGUGAUAUUUGGACCAAGUUAAACGUGAAGGUUUUAGGGAGGUGAUAUUUGGACCAAGUUAAACAUGAAGGUUUUAGGGAGGUGAUAUUUGGACCAAGUUAAACAUGAAGGUUUUGGGGAGGUGAUAUUUGGACCAACUUAUAUGUGAAGGUUUUGGGGAGGAAUUAGUUGGGUUUAUGUUUGUGGCAGAAUGAUUCCUUCUCCAAGGUCUGUUUGCCCUGUCUGAUGUCCAAUAGUCCAGAUAUGUCCUCCAGUCAGACCUCUGUGGUGAAUCCAUCAAAGAUACUGUAACGGUGCCUCCCUUCAAUUCACUCUUAUCUUUUGAGGUGGUGGAAUUUUAUAUAUAGAAGUUGUGUUUGCAUUUUUAAUUUGUGAGAAUUACUGUUUUUACAAGACUUGUAAGAGAGCUAGGUUACAUCCCAAAUGGAACCCUAUUCCCAACAGUGCACUGCUUUUGACCAGAGUGCCAUGGGCUCUGGUUGAAAGUAGUGCACUAUGUAGGGAAUAGGGUGCUGUUUGAGAUGCAACCUUAAAACUGGUAUACCAAGUUUAGCUUUUUGCGUUUGUUUUCAGUUACGUACAUGUCACACUCCCUGCUUCAUGGCUGGGCAGGCACUUAUAUAUCUCAUGUUCCGCAACUUACAUUUUCGUACAAAAUACACAAUGCCAUUCUAUUUCAUGUACCAUUAAAUUACAUAACCACUGUAUUUUUUUAUCUCAUUGAGUUAAAAUAUAUUUUAAAAGAGAGACCUGAGCACAAGGGGAAUGAUGUUAUUUCAAUGCCAUUGCUAUUCGCAGAAAUGUGGAAAAAUAAAUGUUCCAUUGCGCUGCGAUAAGGAAAUACCAUCUGAACCUCCUCCCCGAUCCUCAAGAUAAAGACAUAUAGAGCGAGAGAGAUAAAAA